GAAAACAAAAUCCUCCUUUUGAUCUAAUAUAUCCACAGUCCACACCUCAGCAAAAAGCCCUAGGCUGAGCGAGCGAUGUCGGGUGGUGGCCGGAGCAUCAGAGUUCUGAACGUGGCGGAGAAACCGUCGGUGGCGAAGUCGGUGGCCACCAUUCUAUCUGGGAAUCAAGGCCUCCGAAUCAGGGAAGGUCGGUCUCGCUACAACAAGAUCUUCGAGUUCAAUUACUCCAUCAACGGCCAACCUUCUCUCAUGCUCCUCACCUCUGUCACCGGCCACCUUAUGGAGGUCGAAUUCGAAGACCGCUUCCGCAAAUGGCACUCCUGCGACCCUGCCGAUCUCUUCCACGCUCCUGUCCGCAAGUUCGUCCCCCAGGACAAGACUGAUAUAAAGAGAACGUUAGAGGAGGAAGCUAGGAAGUGUCAGUGGCUUGUGCUGUGGCUUGAUUGUGAUAGAGAAGGAGAGAAUAUUGCAUUUGAAGUUAUACAAGUUUGUACCGCUGUUAAUCGGCAUCUUACUAUUAAGAGAGCUCGUUUCUCUGCAUUGAUUGAUAGGGAAAUCCAUGCUGCUGCACAGAACCUGGUUCAGCCGAAUAAGGGGUUUGCUGAUGCAGUAGAUGCUAGACAAGAAAUAGAUCUUCGGAUUGGUGCUUCUUUCACCAGGUUUCAAACUAUGUUGUUGAGAGAUGCAUUUGUUAUUGAUGCUGCUACAGAUGACAGAAAUCUAGUUCUAAGUUAUGGUCCUUGUCAGUUCCCUACACUUGGCUUUAUUGUCGAACGUUACUGGGAAGUACAGUCAUAUGUGCCGGAAGAAUUUUGGACAAUCAACUGUUCAUAUAAAUCAGAUGAAGGAUUUGCUUCAUUCAGUUGGAUGCGUGGCCAUUUGUUUGAUUACACAUGUGCUGUUGUAGUCUAUGAGAUGUGUGUUCAGGAACCCAAUGCAACAGUCACAAAGGUUAAAAAGCAGGAGAAACUGAAGUAUCCUCCCUAUCCCCUGAAUACUGUUGAACUUGAAAAGCGGGCUUCACGAUACUUCCGGAUGAGCUCUGAACACACCAUGAAAGUGGCAGAAGAUCUUUAUCAAGCUGGGUUCAUCAGUUAUCCUCGCACGGAGACUGACAGCUUUUCUGAGAGGACUAAUUUGCAUGCAAUUGUUUUGGAACAACAAGGGCAUCCAGUCUGGGGACCAUAUGCACAGAGAUUAUUGGACCCUGGUUCUGGACUUUGGAGAAACCCUGGUAAUGGUGGACAUGAUGACAAGGCCCAUCCACCCAUUCAUCCGACAAAAUUCUCUGCUGGAGAAGCAGGAUGGAGUCAAGAUCACCUUAGAUUGUAUGAGUUGGUUGUUCGCCAUUUCUUGGCAUGUGUCUCACAGCCAGCUGUUGGGGCUGAAACUACUGUUGAAAUUGAUAUUGCUGGUGAAUUGUUUGCUGCAUCAGGGAGGGAAAUAAUAGCGAAAAAUUACUUAGAUGUUUAUCGUUUUGAAUCAUGGGGAGGUUCAUUGAUACCAACAUAUGUCGUUGGACAACAGUUUGUUCCAACUACACUGACUCUUGAUUCAGGAGUCACUAGGCCUCCACCACUUUUAAGUGAAGCGGAUUUGCUGACUUGUAUGGACAAGGAGGGCAUUGGGACGGAUGCAACUAUGCAUGAUCACAUAAAAAAGCUGCUUGACCGAUUUUAUGCAACUAAAGAUGCAAACACUCGUUUCUCACCAACCAAUCUUGGUGAGGCACUGGUUAUGGGAUAUGAUGACAUGGGAUACAAACUAUGGAAACCAUACCUCAGAGCUGUAAUGGAAAGGGACAUGAAAGCAGUUAGUGAAGGUGCAAAGAGGAAAGCUGAAGUUUUAGAAACUUGCUUGCAGCAGAUGAAAGCGUGUUUCUUGGAUGCAAGGUUGAACAAAGUUAAACUCUUCGAAGCCAUGGCAAUUUUCUUUGAAAGAUCUAAUAGAUCCAUUGGAGAUGAGCAACAUACAUCUGGAGAAGUUGUUCGGCCUUGUGGACUUUGCCUGGAAUCCGAUAUGGUCCUUAGGAAAAACCGGGAUGGCAAUUUCAUGGUUGGAUGCCUGGGAUUUCCACAGUGUAGGAAUGUUGUAUGGCUUCCUGGAUCUGUAUCAGAAGCAGUUGUAACAACCAAUGUUUGCAACUCUUGUAAUCCAGGUCCUGUCCGUAAGAUUCAAUUUACAUUUCGCCGGCUGGAAAUACCAUUAGAUUACAAUUCUAUCCAUUUGGGUUGCAUCGGUGGCUGUGAUGAGACUCUUAGAGAGUUAAUUGAAAUUUGUGGAACUGGUUCGCGCACAUCAGCAAGAGGGAGAGCAACACCUGUGGUGUCUGGUAGUGUUCAACGGAGCAACAUGAGGCAGGGUGCUUGCAUAUACUGCCAUCAAACAGGGCAUUCUUCAAGUGGUUGCCCUUCCCAGUUUUCGGGCCCUCAAAGUGCAAGGUCUCGUGGAAUGAAUGGACAAAACAAUAACACACAGAGUGUUUGCAUAUACUGCCAUCAAUUAGGGCAUUCUUCAAUUAAUUGCCCUUCCCAGUCUUCAGCCACCCAAAGUGGAGAAUUAUCAAUUCCAUGUAAUUCUUGUGGAGCGCCCUGUCCUUUGCGAACUGCUAACACAGCAAAUAACAGAGGAAGAAAGUUCUACUCAUGUCAGUUAAAGGAGUGCAACUUCUUUGUAUGGGAGGAUAGCCUUAACAGUGGCACUGGAGGUAGAAGCAUUCGUGCAAACAACACUAUCUCAUCAUCUAAUUCCAGCAGGAAUAGUGGUGGUGGUGGCACUCGCAGAGUUGCCCGGGCUGCACCAAAUGCUGCUUCUGUAACUUUUGUGUCAGCAACCGGUGAUCCAGUAUCUGGUAGAAGGUGCUUCGUUUGUGGUGACCCAGCGCACUUCGCGAAUGUUUGCCCGAACCGUGGUUAGUAAUUUAUAACACAAUAGCUACAUCUAUGUGCUUGAAGGUUAAUGCCAUCCUCAAAUGUCAAAUAAUAGCAAUUUUGGUCCUACAAUUUUUGUAGUUGCAUUAUGGUAUUAAUCUGUUAAUCAACUGAACUGCAAUUGGAAAGUACUUAAAACUGCCAUGCAGCUUAAUCCUCCUCUUUAAUUAACUUAUUCAAGUAUAUAUUUUGGGAGAAAUAUGUAAAUAAAAUUUGGUAAAUUAAGUGUAAUAUAUAGGUGUGUAUUUAAAUUUUGAGUUGAUUUUGGACAAGGUUGAGCUUAGAGCCCUGCCGGAUUUGAUAUGCCAAACUUAACACGAAUUUCAUUUUGAUCAAUUUGUAAGUCU